AUGAAAGGCAUGUUGACGAAGGAUCAGAGAUUGGUGUAUUCGGGCAGACUGCUUCCCGAUCAUCUGCAGCUGAAAGACAUUCUCAGAAAACAAGAUGAGUAUCAUAUGGUCCAUCUAGUGUGUACUUCCCGGACUCCUCCCAGCUCUCCAAAGUCCAGCAGCAGUAGAGAAGGUCGCAAAGCGUUGGCAUCCAGCAGCAGUUCUAGUUCAGAUCAGUCAGGAUCAAGAACUCCAUCAUCCAGUCAAGAAACCUUGCCGUUAGCUGUCAGUUCUUCCUCAGAAGGACUGAGGCAGCGUUCCCUUCCCCAAGCACAGACCGACCCCGCACAGAGUCAUCAGUUCCCAUACGUAAUGCAAGGAAAUGUAGACAACCAGCUUCCCGGACAAGCUGUUCCAGCCGGAUUCCCAGUGUACCCCGCGUUCAGCCCAUUGCAGGUGCUGUGGUGGCAGCAGAUGUAUGCUCAUCAGUAUUAUAUGCAAUAUCAAGCUGCAGUUUCAGCUCAGGCCACAUCAGAUGCCACCCCUGCCCAGCCUGCGCCUUCACAGCCUCUAAAUUUGGCACGUCUUCCUGGAGAAGAACCUCCACCAGCUCCCAACUUAGUGGCCCGAGAAAAUCGACCCAUGAAUGAGAAUGUUCAGAUGAAUGCCCAGGGAGGCCCGGUGCUAAACGAAGAAGACUUCAAUCGAGACUGGCUAGACUGGAUGUAUACGUUCUCACGAGCCGCCAUCCUCCUCAGCAUUGUGUACUUCUAUUCCUCUUUCAGUCGCUUUGUCAUGGUCAUGGGAGCCAUGCUACUGGUUUAUUUACACCAAGCUGGAUGGUUUCCUUUUAGGCAAGAAGGAGGUCAGCAGCAGGCUCCCAACAAUAAUGCUGAAGUUAAUCAUGGGCAGAAUGCAGACAACCUAGAACUUGAAGAAAUGGAGCGUCUCAUGGAUGAUGGGCUUGAAGAUGAGCAUGGAGAAGAGGCGGGUGAAGACGGCAGUGCACUCCACAGGCCUGGACUCAUGGCGUCCGCUUGGGCUUUCAUCACCAGCUUCUUCACUUCACUCAUACCAGAGGGGCCUCCCCAGGUCGCCAAUUAGAUCUGAAAACUCUGCCAGCUGCAAAGGAAGGUCUGGCUUUAGGAACGUGACUUAAAUAACAGUGCAAUUUCAAAAAAAUUUAUUACUUCCUUUUCAUCAUCAUGUACAGAGGUGUUUUUUUCUUUAAGCUUCUCAUGCAUAUGAAUAGUUUAAGCACAAAUGAACUACUAAAUGUGUGAUUAAAAAAAGAAAUCCUAACAAAACAUAGCGCAACAACAUUGAUCUUCCAGGUUUUAUUAAUUUCAAUUAUGUGUAUUAAAUCAAGACAGGCCUAUAUGUGCAUCUUAUUUCUUUAAAGAGCUGCUUCACAUACAAGUGUUAAAAUAGCCCAGCCCCAGUGUAAUUUGAAUAUCUAUUUUCUGUGAGUUACCCUAAAAGUUUUAAACAGAAUGACCUCAUAGUUUCUAAAAAGAUUAUUAUUUACCUAAAAUGUGCUAGUAGCAUCUUGCCCAGCCAUAAAGCAAUAAACUUCUCAAUGAUCUUAAUUUUGACAUUUGAAUAAAUAAUGGAAACUUUUCUAUUUUAAGGGUAAGUGUCCCAUCAAUUGGAAUUAGUACCUUAGGAAAAAAAAAGGCAGCUCUUCAAUGGAGUUAAUAGUGAUAAAAAAUGUUUGAUAUAAGCAGUACUUUUAUAAAAUAAGAUAUGCUGGAAAUCAUUCCCUGUAAUUUUUUAAAAUAAAAGGUCAACUAUGUUAAA